AUGGAAGAAGUAGUUACAAGACACUGGGUGGAAACUCCUGUACGUUAUCAGGAGCAGUUUGCUGUCCAAGAUCUGGAAGCGUGCAAGUUGGAUCACUCUUUAUAUGCUUUGCCAGGCCCAUCCAAGGCUGAGGUGAGAAGCCGACAUGCAACAAAAAGUACAGCUACAGCAGGGGAGGACAGCACCGAAGAAGGCAACCCCAGCUUUCAGGUCUUACUGGAUGUUGUGCAGUUCCGUCCUGAAGAUAUCAUCAUUCAGACUUUCGAAGGCUGGCUCCUGAUCAAAGCUCAGCAUGGACCUAGGAUGGACGAACAUGGUUUCAUAUCCAGAAGCUUUGUUAGACAAUACAAAUUACCUAAUGGAGUCAAGAAAAAAGAUUUGUCUGCUCUCUUCUGCCAUGAUGGCAUUUUGGUUGUUGAAAUGAAGAGCUCAGAGGGAAUGGACUAA